AUAAUUAUUGCUGGAGACCGUCCAAUACAAUGUAGCGUCGACGUGUGUAGGUAUAUAUAGUAAAGGCCGGCAUUCAGUAAAGUAUCCAGUCAAUUGGUAGCUGCUGGGCUGAACAGUACCAACAAGGCAGACGCGACAAGCAUUAUGGCUUCCACUGCUAUGAUCCAAGUAGCUUUUCUAGGACUCCUAGUUGUGUCCGCCGCAUUUGCGGAUGUCAAGCCCGCAGAUAAGAACGAGAAAAAGAGGGACACUUUAUUCAACCCAUCAUUCUCAUUUGGAGCCAAAACUUUUGGCUCAUCAGCCCCAUUUGCGUUUGGUAGCACGUUUUCAUCGACUGCUGCACCAUUCAAAUCCGUUUCUUACAGCUCCACACCAGCUCCGUUUGCAUUCGGUAACUCUUUCGCGUCGAACGCUUACUCCAACGCCGCCGCCGCUCAAUCUUUCGAUGCAGCAUCAUUCAUUGGAUCUUCCACACCGGCUCCAUUUUACGAUGGAUCUUUCGUUUCUUCCACCCCAGCUGCUCUAAUCGGUUCAUCUACACCAGCACCUUUCUUAUCUGGUGCCGCAGUGUCCAGUGCCGCACUAUCGGACGCAAGCUUUGCGUAUUCUUCCACCCCCGCUUCAGUCUUAUUGGCCGGAGCUUCACCUGUUGUGUCAUCUACCCCAGAACCCGUUGUUCUGAACAGAUCACCGGCUUUCGCUACAUCAUACGGUUCUUACUAUUCUGGAGCUUACGCCCCAUCAUACGCUCAAGGAGCAAUCGUCAAGUCUGACUCAAUUAGUCACGAUGCUAUUGAAGUACCAGCUGUUGCUAACGCCCCUGCACCUCAUCACGAAGUUACCAUCACUAAAGAAGUACCAGUUCCAUACUACGUCCAAGUUGAAAAGAGAGUUCCAUACCCCGUCUUGGUUCGUGUACCACACCCAUACCAAGUCACUGUAGAAAAACACGUGCCAUACGCUGUACGAGUCAACGUAGAUCGUCCAAUCCACGUUCCACAACCGUACCCAGUAGAAAUUGAGAAGAGAGUGCCAUACCCAGUUGAAAAGCCAGUACCUUAUGAAGUGAAAGUCCCAGUCGACAGGCCAUACCCAGUUCAUGUUCCAGUUGAGAAACCCGUCCCAUACGCAGUUGAAAAGCCCGUCCCAUACCCAGUACGAGUCAAUGUUGACAGACCUUACCCAGUGGAAAAACCAGUGCCAUACCCAGUAGCCGUCGAAAAGCCAGUGCCAUACGCCGUAGAAAAAGCUGUGCCAUACCCAGUAGAAAAAUUAGUCCCAUAUGCCGUUGAAAAGAGGGUUCCCUAUCCAGUAAGGUACGACGUUCCAGUUAAGGUUCCCGUUCCAGUAGAAGUUAAGGUUCCAGUAUCCGUGGACAGACCAGUCCCGUACCCAGUAGAAAAGAGAGUGCCAUACCCAGUCCAAGUCCCAGUUGAAGUCAAGGUCCCAGUCCCGGUUGCAGCUCCAGCUCAACGUUUCGCCACUGUACACUACUAUCAACAAUCACCAGUCGCUUUAGGAUAUGAAUCCAGCCAAGCUCUUAUUGGUCAAUCUGGUUACAAAGCGUUCUCAUCUGGUUUAGCUCAAGGUGCAGGAAGUGCAUUUUACAGCUCUACUCCAGCGACCAGUAGUGCAUUCUACAGCUCUACUGCUAGCCCAAUAAGCACAUACAGCUCUACUGUCAGCCCAGCUGGAUUCUUCGGCUCAAACGUAGUCCAAGAAGGUUUCGUUGGUUCAUCCGUAGCGCCCUUCAAUUUCGGCCAACAAUCUUUCAUUGGAUCUUCGACACCAGCACCUUUCAACACUUUCUCCGCUGACUCAAUCUCAUCUGAUGUAUCAUCUCUAAUCAAGUCCGCUAGCAUUGGAUCUGCCAGUGUAGAUUCCGUGGCCAUUGGAGGUGCCGCUUUGAAGUCACAGGAAUUGAAAGCUAACAACUUCGAUAUUGUCAAGAAAUAAAUGGUUAAAAACUUAAGUUUACUGAUAUGGAAUCUUUAUUAUUUUUAAUUUUUACUGAAUAGUUGUAAAAUAUUCUGUAUUUUUUUUUUUGAAGGAAGCCUUCAUUUAUUUUGCAGUUUAACAAUUAAUACUUAAUUAUUAAUCUGUAAUAUUAUAAAAAUUAUAAAUAAAAAAAGUAUGUGCAAUUAAUUAA